AUGCCUGUGGUUCUUAAGUCGCAAUCUGAAAUGAGAUGGAGUGCGCGGAUGGAUGCAGUUAAAAGAGUAAGAAACUACCUCGAUGAAAUUCCACAAGUUCUUCAAGACAUCGUCGACAAUGAAAACGAGGCAACCGAGACACGGAACGACGCUAACUUGCUGUUUAACCGUAUACUUCGUCACGAAUUAUUUGCAUUGCUUGGUUUCUGGAAUAGCGUCCUCACAUGGAUCGAUCGUGUUCAAAAGAGGCUUCAGGAUCCGACAGUGAAUUUCCAUUAUGCAUCUCUCGACUUAAAAGGUCUCUGCGACUAUUUUAUCGCUUCCAGAGAAGUUUUAGUGGCUGAUUCUCUCGAAGAAGGACUGAGCACUUGCAGAAAGUGGCAAAAGUCAUGUCGAAGAUCUCAACGUGUCAUUCACGAUGUUUCCAUCAUCGAUGAGCUGACAGCAAAAAAUAACAUGCGAAAAACAAUGAAUGAGGCCAUCGACCGUCUUCAUAAAGAAAUGAACGCGAGGUAUUCCCGGCUGCAUGACCUUGACACCAAAUUUGGCUUCCUUAUCGAUAUCCUGUUUCUGCGUAAUGGCAGUUUUGCGGAUCCCUGGGCAUGUUGCAACACCUUUGGAAACGUCUACAGCAACGAUAUCGAUGCAACCGAACUUUUCGAAGAAAUCCUUGAUUGCAGAAUGCUAUUUGCAGGUCGCGAACACCUCCAAAUAUCAAAUCCUGAGGAGCUUCUCCAAUUUAUCUUCCAAUAUGGAGAUGAAAGUGUGUUCCCUAACCUUCGCGUAGCGAUACAGAUUCUGCUGACAGUAGCUGUUUCCAUUGCUGGUUGGGAGAGAUUCUCAGCAAGCUGA